AUGACACAGGCAGCGCCGCUGCACAAAUCUGGCGAGGAUGUUCCGCCUGCACGCCCGACAGGAACGACGGCACGUGCCCAGGCAGUCAAGACGCAAGAUCGCACGAUUGUCGUCGAGCCCCUCAAGCGAUCAGAGAUGCAGCAGAGCUAUGCGCAGGUCAUGGCAGACGAACACACCGAUCAUGGAGCAUAUGGCUCGUUCGUGAGCUGCCUGGGAUCUAUGAUGGGAUCCCUCGGAGCCAUCCCUAUCUGCUUCUGUUGCCCGAAUCCCUACGUCAACGUACAGCAGGGAACCGUCGCACUCGUCUCGCGCUUCGGCAAGUUCUAUCGCUCUGUCGAUCCCGGUCUUGUCAAGGUCAACCCGAUGACCGAGUCUAUCAACAUUGUCGAUAUCCGUGUCCAGUUGCUCAACAUCCCAAGGCAGACCGUCACUACAUACGACUCUGUCAAUAUCGAGAUCGACAGCGUGCUCUACUUCCACAUCAACAAUCCUUACGUCGCGACAUUCUCUGUGGCGAAUGUGCGCAACGCGCUCAUCGAACGCGCCCAGACGACCUUGCGCCAGAUCGCCGGUGGCCGCACACUGCAAAGCAUGAUAACCGAGCGCGAGGCCGUCGCCAACGAAGUAUCCGAGCUCGUCGAUGCAGUCAGCGAGACCUGGGGUCUCGUCUGUCUAUCGCUCCUCAUCAAGGAUAUUCACUUUUCUGCCGAUCUACAGCAGUCGCUCUCUUCCGCCGCUGCCGCUAAGCGCAUCGGUGAAAGCAAAGUCAUCGCUGCCAAGGCAGAGGUCGAUGCUGCGAAGCUCAUGCGCGAGGCUGCCGAUAUCCUCAACUCGCAAGCUGCCCUGCAGAUCCGUCAACUUGAAGCAUACCAGUCUAUUGCGCGCACGGCAAACACCAAGGUACGAAUUGAUGUUAUAAGCAGGCUCUGGCUGAUCGUUCUGCACCAGGUGCUCUUCUUGCCCAUGGGCAAUGGCAUGUCAACGCCCCACACGUCUACCUCAACUUCGAGCCAGCCUCAGCCCAUCAUCGAAGAUAUCGACGAUGGCCAGGAGAAUGGCAUCCGCACUGCAUCGCAAUAUGCUCAGCUUUCGCAGCUCUAA